AUGAAACCUACCAUCCUCCUCGCCGCGACGACGUCGCUCGCUACGGCUGCGCCCUAUUUUGUCCUGACGGGCGACAGCACGACGGCGGUCAACGGCGGAUGGGGCGAUGGGUUCCUGUCGUUCCUGCAAGGGGGCGCGGCCGGCUGGAACACGGCCAAGAGCGGCGCGACCACAGCGUCGUUCCGGGCGCAGGGCCUGUGGGACGGGGCGGUCCGGAGGGUCCGGGAAAAGGUCGGCGAGUACAAGCCCGUCUUCGUCACGAUCCAGUUUGGGCACAACGACCAGAAGGAGGCAGCGGGCAUCAGCCUGGAUCAGUUCCAGCGCAACCUGGAGGACAUGGUGCGGGAGGUUGCUGGGGCCGGGGGUGUUCCUAUCCUCAUAACCUCCCUCACGCGACGGACCUUUUCGGGCGGGAGCGUCGUGCGGAACCUCGAGAACGAGAGGCAGCGGACCAUCGCAGCCGCGGCGGCCGCCGGGGCGCAGUACCUGGACCUCAACGCCAAGAGCACCGACUACAUCAACGCCGUCGGGGACGCCGACGGGCGCAGGUACGACCUGGCCCAGGGCGACAGGACGCACCUCAACAAGGCGGCCGAGGUGGUGUUUGGACGCAUGGUCGCCGACCUGCUGCUCGAGAAGAAGGGAGAGUUGCGGGCGUUUCUGAGGGAUAACAGCACGAUAAGCGACGCCAUCCGGGAUGGGAGGUUCGUGAUUUGA